CCCCGACGUACAGUUCAGUUCCAUCAAAACAGUGAAAAUAACUCGCGUCAAUUCUCCAAUAAUAAUUGAUAAAAUUGAUAGAAUAAAUUAUGAAAAGUGGUUCAGCCCUCAGUUAAUAAAAAAUGUGUGUCACAAAUUUUCCCUGAGUGCCCUCAGACGUGAAAAAAAGUGUGUGAACUUUCCUGAAGGAACUGUGAGGCUGCAACAUCUCCAAAACGUUCGAAAAACCGAAGACAAUUGCAAAAAAAUCAUUGAGACUCAAAUUUUCCCUUCGAAAUUCGUCUUCCCGGUGAAACGGACCUCAAAUGGUCCAAAAAAUGGACAAAUUAAGGCUAAUGAAUCCGUAAAGUCUCAUAGCUUCCACUUCCUGAAGCUUCUGAUUCCAAAAUAAAGCCCAAAAGAGACAUAAUAUCCUCUCACAAUCUCCUGGAACCCCUCUCCCCUCAUAUCGAUCUCAAAUCCCGUGAAAAAGCCCUGAAAUCCUCUCAGAAAUCUCGAAAAAGCACGCGAAUCGCUUCAUAACCUCUUCAGUCUUGCCUCAACCUCAAUAUCAAGCCCAAAUUACUGUAAAUUACAUCUAAAAAACAUCACACCCUCACAUUAACCUCAAAUUCCCUCAUACUUACCAUAUUUGAACCUCAACAACCUUCCAAAAAACCUCCGACCCUCUCAGACCCUUCCCCCAUCUUCAAAAUAAUUUAUAAAAACCUCAAUUCCUUCAAAAACUCUUGAAGUAUUUCAAAUAGUCUCUUUAAACCUCAAACGAGCUCCCAAACUCCUCCAAACCCCUCAAAAACCUUCAUAAAUUUCUUCCUCAGGCUUAAAUUAACCUAAAAAAUCGUUAAUCCGUCUCGAAAAUCCCUAAAGAAUCCCAAAAGGACCUGAAUACCCUCAAAAAUAUCUCUUAGAGCCUAAAAAAAUUUUAAAUAGCCUUCCAAUUCUUAAAACACUCCUUAUAACCUCCAAAAUCCCUCAGCAACCUAAAAAAAACCUCAUAUAACCUCAAAAACUUUGAAAAAAAUUCUAAAACCACCUCUCAUAACCUCAAAAACCUGAAAACCACCUCCCAUAACCUCAAAAAUCCUAAAACCACCGUCCAUAACCUCAAAAAUUUCCCAUACCCUCAAAACCCCUAGAGAAAGACCUCACCGCCCCCUCCCGCAACCUAAAAAAUGUACAAAUUCAAGCCCUUCACCUUCGAAAUCCUGAACCCCUCGACGCACCGACGGCCGCGCGCCCGCAGCGGUCACCGGAUCGUCUGCGACGACAAGUACAUGUACUCAAUAGGGGGUUUCAACCCCUGCAUCCCCGACGACGACCCCGAAAUGUCGAAAGACGAGGUCUGGAGGGAGAGCAAGCCCCUGUUCAAAGAGCUCUGGCGGUUCAACCUCGCCACGAAAAAGUGGGAGCGAUACCCUGGACAGAAAAAUCUCCCCAUCGAACUGGCCUCCACCGCGGUCCUCCUAUUCCAACACAAAUUAAUUGUCUAUGGGGGCACAGCCGUGCCCUUCGGGGAGAGCUGCAGCAACAAGUUGUACGCCUGUGACCUUGAGAACGGGAGUAUCGGGGAACUGCCGGCUGUGGGGAGUCUUCCCGAUCCUCAGUAUGGGCAGGCAUUGGUCACGACGAAUAAUUUUAUUUACACGGUGGGGGGCACCACGGGGUACGAGUACACCUGUGAUAUUCAUCGGUAUGAUCUCAGGAUGGGGCUGUGGGAGAGUGUGUACAUCUGCUCCGGGAGGGAUCCGAUGGAACCCUCUGGGAGGUACAGGCACGAGCUCGCCUUCGAUGGACGGAGGAUAUUUGUGCUGGGGGGCGGGACCAGUGUAGAAAGUUUUGGAUUCUCGGAAAUUCCAGCUUUCGAUGUGGAGACAAACAGGUGGAGUAUCCUCCACACCCAUGGCGAUGGCUCUCAGUCGAGGUACCCAGGACCCAGAAGGUGUCACGGGGCUGUACAGUACCUCGAUGCAGAGUCUGAGAGCGUUAACGUUAUCAUAUCAGGGGGCUUUUGCGGGAACCGUGACUACAGGGACGUCUGGAGGCUCAAUCUGAAGAGCCUCCAGUGGACAAAGAUCGUUAACUGCUCGUUACCUAAACCACUUUACUUCCACUCUGUCGCUGUGACUCCAGCGGGGAAGAUGUACACGUUUGGGGGAAUUGUUGAAACGCAAAAUGAAAUGACGAAAAGAACGAAUGACGUUCACUCAGCCUGGCUGAUAAUCCCCAGUCUCUCCGAAAUAAGCUGGGAGGCAGUGAACCACUACUACGAGCUCAGAACAAAGAGCAAGGACGAGCUCUUCGACAUGGGGAUUCCCUUUAAAUACAUCAAGAGAUUGAUAGAUUAAUAGCAAUCAUGUUAACUAUAAAUCGCCUAGGAAAAAGAAAAUCAUCGUAAUUAUUUAAUCAAUAGUUUGAACAUGUCAUUUAUUUAUUUUUAAUAUAAACAUUCAGAUUGCAAUACGACAAUAUCAUGGUUAAGGUUGUUACCAUUAUUGUUACAUGCAUAAUCAAUCAUUCAAACGAUUGAUUAAUCAAUUAGUCAACUGACUAAUUAAUUAAUCAACCAAUUGACGUCGAGUAUUCGUGUCUCACAUCCCUCUCUCAAUCGAAUAAUUAUGAGAGAAUGUUUAUUUUUCUUUGUGAUGUUUAAAUAAUUUCCUUCUGUUUAAAUUAUUGUAAAUUGAGGGAGGACGAGGUCGGAUGAUUAGUAACUGUUUUAAAACAAUUUUUCAAUGGGCAAUUAAUAACUGUCAGCCUCGUAUUUAGUUAUUCAAAAUAAUGGGACAGAGUAGUGAUAAUGGAAAUGAAGGAAUUCAAUUUUUACAGCUAUUGUUAUAUCACGAGUGAUAGACAUAAUCAUUUAAUAUUAAUACCUUGAUUUUGCUUCAUGCAGAGCACUCAAACAAUUUCUAAAAAUCAUAUUACAGUUGCGCUUAUUAUGAUUACGAGGAGCAUGGCAUAUGUACAUAAUUUUUUUAAUAAAAAAUGAUUAAAUAAUUGA